UUUUUUUUUUACAUAAAGAAAGGUCUUUUCUGUAUAAUAAUAAAAUUAAUAUAUUAGUAACUAUUAAUUUUAAAAACUUCUUUUCGUUGAAUAUUAUUCUAUUUUAUUCAUUUUCUAUUAUUGCUACGCGCUCAUAGUAAAUGUAAUUUUUUAAUUUUUUUUUCUUUUUUUAAUAAGCGCCACAAUUUUUUUUUUUGUCCCCCUUUCUUUUUUCAUUUUAGUAUGGUCCAUGUCAUAAUCAAUUCAUACAAGAAUUCAACUCAUAAAGAGGAUUUGAUACUUUUAGAUUUUCAAGGCAGCUUUCAUGUUAAGGAUGAAGUUAAUUUAGAUAAUUUAAAAGUAGGCGAUUUGACGCUUGAACAGGAUUCAGCUAUACUUGUGAUUGGACAUCAUCGUCUUGUUGGAAAGAAAGUUCAGUUAACAAAACCUUUUGCAGUAAUUCAUAAGAAUGAAACGAAUGCUAUGGUUGAUGAAGAAGAAGAAGAAGUGAGCUAUGAUGUUGUAAAAAUCUUGAAAGAGAAAUACAUAUUUACGAAUAGACCAGGUUUAAUUGUACAAGAAAAUCGUCGUGGAUUAUCCAGAAUGGAUAAAUAAUAAAUCAAAAAAAGAAAAGUUCUGUUCCGUCUUCAUAUUCCCCUUCCUUCUCCUUUUCUAGUUUCAAUAAUAAAGAAAGAAAAAAAAAUACAUAUUUAAAUCAUUCUUAUCCUAGUUUUCCAUCAGUUGCAUUCAUCUAGUUCUUCUUCUUUGAUGCUUUAUUGGUAAAAUGGCG